ACUUUGAGGACUCUGUCUGGUUAUUUCAUGCUCUCAUUAUUUAUUGCUAUUUAUUUAUAAUUGCAGUUCAUCAGUAUGUUGUCUUCUGUACUUUUUCAUUGAUCCUGUUUACAGUUACUCUUCUAUAGAUUUGCUGAGUACGCCCGCAGGACAAAGAAUCUCAGGAUUGUGUGAGGCAACCAUUUCCAGGGCCCGCGGGCGGUGGGGCCCACCUGUUGUCAAGGACUGUUGCCUGUGGCUGCUUCCCCACUUUAAAUCUCCCGCUCCGGCUCCAGCUGGACCUCCAACCAAUCGAAUGGUGGGUUGCGUUGACGUCAGCAGAGGUCAGUGUGGCGGCGGGAGUUGGGUCGGAGGGCGGUCGGUGAGCUCUUGCCGUGCCGGGGCAAUGGGACGGUGACAGAGCGCGGGCUGGCCUGGCUAACAAUGGACGGCUGAGGCGUCGGGCCGGAGCAAGGAGUGAGGCCAACCAGCGAGCGGGCGGCGCUGCCCGGCCCGGGGAGGUCUGGCGCCCGCCCGCCCGCCUACCCGCCUACCAUGGGCUGCGCCCCGAGUAUUCACGUCUCCCAGAGUGGUGUGCUCCACUGCCGCGGCUCGGACGGCUCCAAUUCGCCGCACCGAGGCGGCAUCGCGCCCAGCCUCGCCAACAGGGUAGCCGGCCCGAGCGUCGAGGCGGAGACCGGCAGCAGCGGCCGGGCCGGGAUCCAGGAAUCGGUGACUGAGAUUCAGUUCGGACCAAUGAAGAUCCAACAGGAAGCCAUCCAGGUCCUUCUAGUGUUUCCCAGGGAAGAUAGCCAGAGUGCUGGAUUCUAUUGGGCAUGUGAUCGGGCAGGGUACAAGUGCAAUGUGGUACAGACACCAGAGGCUGCACUGAGAUACUUCUUGGACAAAAAUCAUGAAAUCGUCAUCAUAGACAACAGGCAUUCCAAGAAUUUUGAUGCGGAGGCAUUAUGCCUGUCUAUCAGAGCAACACAGUCAUCAGAAGGCACUGUCAUUGUUGCUGUUGCCAAAGAACUACAAAAGGAUCAGGAGGAAGUCUCUGUGAUGCCAUUGCUUACUGCAGGAUUCACACGGUGGUACAUUGAGAAUCCCAGUGUCAUUGCCUGCUAUAAUGAGCUCAUCCAAUUAGAGUUUGGAGAAGUUCGUGCACGAUUCAAACUGAGGGCAUCUGGUGCAAUCUUCACAGCUCUGGAACAAUGCCAAGAGUCUAUAGAAAUUACAAGUGAAGAUAAUAUUAUUCAGUAUGUGAAUCCUACAUUUGAAGGAAUGAUGGGUUACCGGAGAGAGGAAUUGGUAGGAAAGAAGUUAAUGCAAAUGCACAAGAGUGACAAAAAUAAAGCUGAUCUUCCAGACACAAUCAAUUCCUACAUUAAAAAAGGGAAGGAAUGGCAAGGAAUGUACUAUGGGACAAAGAGAAAUGGAGAUAGCAUUCGCCAAAAUGCAAGGAUAAUGCCUGUCGUAGGACAGGGAGGGAAAAUUAGACACUAUGUGUCUAUUAAGACUCCAUGUAAUGACAACAAGGCUGACACACCCAGAUUAUCUGAUCGACUUCACAUUGAGUCACAAACAGAGAUCUGUACUUCAAAGUACAAAGGCAGGAGGAAAAGUUCUGAUGUCAGAUCCAACACAUCACGAGGGAGUGAUGGUAGCAACCAGGCUAGGAGAUCCUCUAUUGCUAGGAUACAUUCCAUGACCAUUGAGGCACCAAUUACCAAGGUAAUAAAUAUAAUAAAUGUGGCACAAGAGAACAGCUCUGAAGGAGUGGCUGAAGCCUUGGAUCGUGUAUUGGAAAUCCUCCGAACCACAGAAUUGUACUCUCCACAGCUUGGCAAGGAUGAGGACCCACACGCCAGCGAUUUGGUCGAUGGCUUGAUGUCAGAUGGCUUGCGGAAACCAUCUGGACAUGAGUACGUCUUCAGUAAAAAUACCCAGUCAAGCUUCGGCCAGUUGCCUAUUUCUACCUCGCUCAGUGAUAUCCCUCCUAGGAUUACUGAGUUGUUGGAAAAUGAGCAGGCUUGGGAUUUUGAUAUCUUUGAAUUAGAGGCUGCAACUCACAAAAGGCCUCUAGUCUAUCUUGGACUAAAAACACUGACACGUUUUGGAGUCUGUGAAUAUUUAAACUGUUCUGAAUUGACUUUUCGCUCUUGGUUACAAGUUAUUGAAGCAAAUUACCACUCCUCAAAUUCCUAUCAUAACUCAACACAUGCUGCAGACGUGUUACAUGCAACUGCUUAUUUCCUUGAUAAGGAAAGAAUUAAGCAAAGUCUGGACCAUACUGAUGAGGUGGCGGCUCUUAUUGCAGCCAUUAUCCACGAUGUUGAUCAUCCUGGCAGGACAAACUCGUUCUUAUGCAACGCAGGCAGUGAGCUGGCUCUUCUUUAUAACGACACAACUGUGCUGGAGAGUCACCAUGCAGCACUGGCAUUUCAGCUGACUACAAACAAUGACAAGUGCAACAUCUUCAAAAACAUGGAGAGGAAUGAAUACCGGAUUCUCCGACAGGGUAUCAUCGACAUGGUCUUCGCUACUGAAAUGACCAAACACUUUGAACACGUCAACAAAUUUGUGAAUAGCAUCAACAAGCCUUUGGCUGGACUGGAGGAAAAUGGCAUUGGGAGUGGCAGAAGCAUUGAGGAUUCAUCCAGUUUCAACCUCAGCUCCACUGACAACCGAACUUUGAUCAAGCGCAUGCUAAUUAAAUGUGCUGAUAUCUCCAACCCCUGUAGACCGCUGCAAUUCUAUAUUGAGUGGGCCGCCCGUAUUUCAGAGGAGUACUUUGCUCAGACUGAUGAGGAGAAGCAGAAAGGCCUCCCUGUGGUAAUGCCUGUGUUUGACAGAAAGAGCUGCAGUAUCCCCAAGUCUCAGAUUUCCUUCAUUGAUUACUUUAUAACUGAUAUGUUUGAUGCCUGGGAUGUGUUUGCUGACCUGCCCAAUCUGAUGCAACACCUGGGGACAAACUUUAAGUACUGGAAGUACCUGGAUGAGCAGAACCUGUCUUCCGUCCGUCCUCCCCCUGAUCAGUGAUUGGACCAAGCGCUACCACAGCUGUUGCCAUUCUGCUGCGCUCUGUGACGUUGUGACGUGACUAGACUGGGUCCUGCUAGUGAGAUCAGGGGAAGCAGAGAUGUAUGAUCCUACUCUGGCUGCCACCAUGUGAAGCUCGGAACAAGAACAGAAAUGGAGUGCACCUUUACAAGGCUCAGCCCUCCCUGUGCUGGCUAUUUCUGCAUUUGCCUCUACCUUUUGGGUCUAAAGUUGUCUGUUCACCUGCACAAGAGUUGCUCAUAAAACAAGCCCAUGCCACUGAGAAAUGCAACAUGUCAUCAAAGAAAUGGUGUAGGGAAUGUAUUGUGCUUGUUUUUCCAAUCUGUAAGAAGAAGCACUCCCUCAUCUCCUGAGCACUACUGAUACCAAUUUAUAGUUUGUAAAGAAAAGAGAAAAUAUAUAUAUCUAGGGAUAAGUGUUUUAAAACUUUUCUCAAAUGUGAUAAU